AUGGCACAAAGGACUAUCCAAUCUAAGCGCUCUGUAGCAAGGUUGGACGGGCUAAAAGGCUUUGGCUUGUCUUCCACACAGCAAUCGCCCCCGAAACGGCGCCGUGUCGAAUCACCAAUCGAUCUAUCGAUAGCAGAAAAUUGGUCAAUCCGGCCGGAGCUCGUAUCGCUCUUUCAGGAUGUGAUCAAGAACAAUCUAGCCGCGGAGCACCUGUCCUACAGUGACAGUCAGUUUGGAGACACAAAGACGAUGCGAGCGCUGUCCGCCUUUUUUAACGAAUACUUUGGGGUUUAUCAUCCGGUUGAGCCAUCACAAAUUGCUCUUGCACCCGGCUCAUCGAGUUCCCUGGCUGGCUUGCUGGGCCAGAUCUGCGAUGCGGGCGAGGGGGUUCUCGUGCCGGCUCCUUUCUGGAGUAAGUCGCUCUUCCCAUCGAGAGAAAAACGGCUUAAGAUAUCUGCAGAUGGCUUCGACUUUCAUUUUGCAGUCCACGCACAGGUCCAUCCCGUCGUCGCACGCUUGGACAAGAUUGAGCGCGCGUUCGAUGCAGACGCCAUCUUAGCAUCGUUGACUCUAGCAUACGAUGAAACGCCUCUUCGAACUCGCGCCCUCGUCCUGACCAACCCUGGAAACCCCCUUGGCCAAUGCUAUGAUACCGACGUACUCCAGCGCUGUGCAGAAUUCUGCCGAGAACGCGAUCUGCAUUUUAUCUGCGACGAGGUUUAUGCGCUCUCUUAUUUUGCUACGCCUGCCGAGAGCCGUGUGCCCUUCCAAUCCAUAUUGACCUUGGAUCCAGCCUCCUUGGGAUGCGAUCAGUCGCGCAUGCACAUGGUGUGGAGCUUGAGCAAGGACUUUGGAUGCAGUGGACUUCGUUUGGGAUGUGUAGUCUCGCAGGCGAAUCCAGAUCUGAUCCUUGCCCUCCGCCUGCCCACGAGCACCGAAGUAUCCGCCUUGACUACCCUCUGUGCAGCCGCACUCUUAACCUCUCCGACGCUGUCGGACCUUGUCGCCAUGAAUAAAAAACGACUUGCCGACUCUUACAAGGCGAUGACCCAGGUUCUCGAGGCGCACAACAUACAGUACGUACCAGCAAUCGCAGGGCUAUUCGUCUUCGCGCGCUUGAAGCCCGAGGCUACUGCAAAGGAGGAAGCCGAAUUUGUACGGAGAGUAAGGCAACAAGGGCUCAUUAUCAGUCCCGGUCAAGCUUAUCAUAUUGGUCAGGAACACGGGGGCUGGUAUAGGCUGACGUUCUCUUUGCUAUCCGAGCAGCUGAAGAAGGCACUGGCAAUUCUGGACCAAUGUUUGGCAAAUAAUAAAUAG